CAGCCGAGAGAGGCCGACGCACACCCCCACCAUCCACACCCACCCUUACCCGUUCCGCCUCGCUACCUAUUUAUAUAUUGCCGAUGCGAUCUUCUUCCCCCUCCUCUUUUCCUCUCCUUUAGAUAGCCAGGUAUGUGUUUGAUGUAAAGACCACCCCCCAUUUCUUCCGGUUCGCUCCAUCUCCCUUUGUUCCGUGAGGCGGGCGGAAUUGGAGGAAGGAAAAGGAAUCGCUAAAGCUAAAGAAUAGUCCUUAAUUUAUUCGUUCGUUCAUCGAUCGAAAGGAGAGGAAGAGAACGAUACGGAGAGAAGGAGAGGAUCUUGGCAACGCCUCCGAUCUCUCUUCUCCCCCGUCGCAUCUGACGCCGGCGCUUCGGAUCGAAAAGAGAAUGCAGUCGGAUCUUGGGAAGCUGUUCAUUGGUGGGAUUUCCUGGGACACAAAUGAGGACCGCCUGCGGGAGUACUUUAGAAACUACGGUGAGGUGGUGGAGGCUGUGAUUAUGAAGGACCGCACCACCGGCCGUGCUCGUGGUUUUGGGUUCAUUGUGUUUGCAGACCCGGCCGUCGCGGAGCGAGUUGUCAUGGAAAAGCACUUGAUUGACGGCCGAAUGGUUGAGGCAAAGAAAGCUGUUCCCAGGGAUGACCAGCAGAUCCUUAAUAGAAACAACAGCAGCGUCCAUGGUUCUCCUGGUCCAGGUGGUCGCACCAAGAAGAUAUUUGUGGGAGGCCUGCCAUCUACCCUAACGGAGAGUGAUUUCAAGAAGUACUUUGAUCAAUUUGGAACAAUCACUGAUGUUGUUGUGAUGUAUGAUCACAACACCCAGAGGCCUCGGGGAUUUGGUUUCAUCACAUAUGACUCCGAGGAUGCUGUGGACAGGGUACUAUUUAAAAGCUUUCAUGAGCUGAAUGGUAAGAUGGUUGAGGUCAAGAGGGCUGUUCCCAAAGAACUAUCCCCGGGACCCAAUAUUCGCUCCCCUAGUCCAGGAUAUAACUAUGGUCUGAAUAGGGCAAACAGCUUUCUUAAUGGAUAUACUCAGGGAUACAAUCCAAGUUUGAUUAGUGGCUAUGGGAUGAGGAUGGACGGUAGGUUAGGUCCCAUUAGUGCAAGGAACGGCUUCACUUCAUUUGGUCCUGGUUUUGGAAUGGGGAUGAAUUUUGAACCUAGUUUGAUCCCAAGCUUUGGAGGAAAUUCAAGUUUUAGCAACAAUAUUGGUUAUGGACGUGGUUUGAGCCCAUAUUACAGUGCCAACUCCACGAGGUACAGUAGUCCCAUCGGUUACGGUGGGGGUAGUGCAAAUGCUAGUUCGGGAUUUAGCUCAGUGACUCGUAAUGCAUGGAGUGGUGGAGAUCUUAACUAUGGUACUAAUUCUGCAAGUUCCAAUGCCUAUAUGGCCUCAGGGAAUGGGAGCCUUGGAGGCUUUGGCAAUAGUACCAUAAACUGGGGCAGUGCUACUCCUAUAUCAGCUCAGGUUGGGGGAGGCACUUCAAGCUACACUAGUGGGAAUCUUAACUUUGGAGGUGGUGACAAUAACUUCGAUCUCGGUGGUGGCAGUUUUGGAAGGAGCACUGGUCCUAGUGUAGUGAAAACUUCCCUUUCUCCAUCAAGUGGUGGAUUUGAAGGAUCCUAUGCGGAGCUGUAUGGUGGAAGUUCAGUUUAUGGAGACCCUACUUGGCGAUCAUCAUCUUCUGAACUUGGGGGCACUGGCUCAUUUGGUUAUGGGCUUGGCACCGUACCUUCAGAUAUCAUAGGCAAGGGCUCUGCUGGUUAUGUGGGUGAUUAUAAUGCUACCAAUAGACAACCAAAUAGAGGAAUUGCCACAUAAGUUGACACAUAUUGAGGUCCAAGACUAUGAUAGGUGAACAAAUUGCGACUCAGAUGCUUGACUUUGUGUUUUACAUAUCUCGUAAAUUAUAUGGGUUAGUUAAUUUUAUAGAGCUAACCGUGGAGUUGUUUGGAAAAAAAAGAAGAAAAUAUUCAGAUUCAGAAGAUUCAAAAUAAAGGUUCUUGUGUCGAGGUUUGGAAUUCUGAGUUUAGUUCAAGCAGGUUUUGUUUCUUUCGAGUUUGAUUGGGAUGUAAUCUUGUCAGUGGGUACAUCCAUAAUUGUUCAGAUUUAUGCAACCAAUGUGCCAAAUAGACCUAGUAAUUUUCUAAGAAAGGAAAGAUAGCAAGCUCUGGUAAUACCCGAGAAUGGUUCUCGUCGGGAACUGUCAUUCUUUUUUUCUUUCCCUUUUCUUAUCGGUUUUACUUUUAUCGAAGAUUUGGUUGUCUUGUUAGUUUGGAACUCACAUGGGUGCUUUCUGGUCCCAAAAAAAAUAACUAUACUAUGUAUUGUGAUUGAUUUUUGAAGUAACGUGCUUCAUGUCAUAUUGAAUGGAUAUGAAUGUUUCA